AUGGAGGCGGGGAGCCGGCAGCUGUCACCGGCCGGGCCGGGCCGGAGCCGCCUGCAGGCAGCUGCACGAGCUCACCCGGCUGCGGCAGCAGCGGCGCCCCAGCUGGGGCAGGGUCUGGGCUCGCGGGGCAGCCAAGCCUGCGGCACGGGUGCCCCGGGGCCAGCGGCAGCCCCAGCCCGGGGAGGGAGGAGCAGCCCCUGCUGCUCAGAGCCAGGCCCUGCAGCCUCGAGCUGGACCCAGAAGCCACCUGCCGGAGGCAAAACCAGAAGUUGGGCCCCAGCCCAGCCAGUUGUUCCCCGCCCAUGGACUGCACUGGAGAUCCACCCGCAGAGCUCAGUGCAGGAUCAGGGUCCCAGUACCUUGCUGAUUAUACUUGAAAACCCAGGCCCAGAGCCACAAAGCUGAGAGUCUCACAUAUUCACAUGACUCCAGGAGCCGGAGCUUUAAGAAAAGCACCCCCAAAAAAUGAGACUAGCAAUCACAUCCAAGAGCUGACAACACUGAUUCAAUGCCUGGCACUGCAGUUCAUGCAGAUCAGACACUGCCACAAGAAUUUUGCUCCCAUGCAGAUUGCAGGACUGGCCUUUUGAGCACUCUGAAUGCAUCCGAUGAAGAGAGCUGUAGCUCACGAAAGCUCAUGCUCAAAUAAAUUUGUUAGUCUCUAAGGUGCCACAAGUACUCCUGUUCUUUUUGCGAAUACAGACUAACAUGGCUGCUACUCUGAAACCUAUAUUAUUUUAGUUCACUUUAUUUAUCCCUGCAGCUUGCAUGUUCAUUUUACAAGCAACAAUUUCUCCAUCCCACCCACUCCUUUUCCCCCAUGUUGACACACUUUCUUACAUCUGUGUGCCAAACAGAGCCUUAGGCCCUAAUCCUGCAGAAGGUCUGGAGGAGCAGACCCCCUGCACUUGCAUGGAGUCCCAAUUAUGUCAGUGGGGAAAUCUGCCCACCCAGACCUUACAGCAGGACUGAAGGCUUGUAUUUCACUUUCCAGCAAACCUAUGCCUCCUUCUUUUCAUAUCUGUUGAGCUCCAAUAUUAUUAUUUCAUGGGCUAGCUAUCCUCUCUUUUGAUCCCUUUACAAAAACGAUAAGAGAUGGAGGAUGGUAUGAAGGUUGCUGAGGAUACAUUCAGUUACAUGGUGUUCAGUGUUUUUGGUGGCUGAACACUAUAAUUGGUCUUUGUAUCACAUUUAUUCUCUUGACACGCCAAUUGCAUUUAUAUAGAAAAUGGUUGGCAAGUAUUUCUGGAACAAAUACCCAUAUCUGCACACAAAAAAGCUCAUCCUUAAAUAUUAGUGCAAACAGAAGACUGUCCUGUGAAAGUCUGCAGAAAAGGAGACAGCAUGGAUGGAUCAAAUCACAAGUCAGAUUUCACAUGCAUGUUUGAAUUCUU